AUUUUAGAAGAUAAUAAUCAAGCAUUAACACCAGAAUUAAGAAGUUUAGUACAAAAUCGUCAAUUUUGGGCAAAUGCAAAAGCUUUAGCAAAAAUAUUAUUACCUGCUAAAAAUGCUGUUAAGAUGGUUGAAUCAAAAUCUACAACAACUGCUAAUGUUUUUUUAUACCUUAUACAAAUGGCAGUUGCUAUUAAUAUACUUGAAAAAGAUAAUUUAUAUGAACAUAUGGAAUUCU